AUCCAACGCCCGAUUCUAUUUCCUUAUCCGGGAAUGGAGCUGGAGCUGCCAUUGGCUGUCAGGGUCACAUGAACCACCAACUUUGUUCACUUGACAGUAAGUGGGAGGGUUUACGAAACAGGAAAAAACGACUGGGUGGAAAACAUUUUUGAGUUAUUUUGCAUUUCAGAUAUUAAAGGUCAUGAGUUCGUUUUUGAUUAACUCUAACUAUGUGGACCCGAUUCCACCGUGUGAAGAGUAUUUGCAGAGCGAUUACCUGCCAAGUCAGUCUCCGGAAUACUACAGUCGUGCGCGGGAGCCGGGGUUUCAGCAUGAGCCGAUGUACCCACGGUCAGCGUACAGCGCUGACCAACGCUAUUCCUCCUGCAGCAACAUCCAGGGCUCUGGCGAGCAAAUCGUGGCGCCCAGGGGUCACGGGCAAUCGCAGACCGGCCUGCAGGACCACUUAGCCAAACGCGGGCACCACUGUGAACCGGUGACUCCAAGCCCACCGCCCUCUUGCAGUCAGGUCACCAGCAACCAAAACACUUCUUGCUCCAAAGAGCCCGUGGUUUAUCCAUGGAUGAAGAAAGUACAUAUAAACAUCGUGAACCCUAAUUGCAAAGGAGGGGAAAUGAAACGCUCCCGCACUGCUUACACCAGGCAGCAAGUUCUAGAGCUGGAAAAGGAGUUUCAUUUUAAUCGGUACCUAACCCGGAGGCGAAGGGUGGAAAUAGCUCAUAAUCUUUGCCUGUCCGAACGACAGAUUAAAAUAUGGUUCCAGAACAGGCGAAUGAAAUGGAAAAAAGAUCACAAGUUGCCAAAUACCAAAAUCAGGUCUACAACAGGCUCAUCGACUGCUUCUGGAAAUAAUCACUCACAAGGAACCUCUCAGAAUCAUGAGGCAAAUGGACCAACAGCCAGUUUAUAGCUGCCCACGUGGGAAGAAAUUCAUAUAAGCACACAAACAUAGGAUUUUAACUGCGACACUGUUUAUUUAUAAGGGGCAAAGUCUAAACUGUAAAUAUCCAGAUUUCACCCCUCCUAUUGAACGUACAAUUGUAGAUAGUAGUUUUCAGAAGAGGCUGGUAAAGAUCAAUUCUCGUUUCAUCUUUAAUCAUGCCAAAGGCUUCCCAUUUGUCAUGUUUACUUGGUGGUACAAAGGAUGAACCCUAUGCCUACGAUUACCUCGACAGCAAACGAACACUUUAAUAAAUGAGGCUCCGUUUCGUCAACGUAGGAUGACAAACUGUCUUCUCUUCCUCACAAAACAAGCCUGCACCAAGAAAGCUGAAGCAAAGAUUUGGAAAAAAAUAGGUCUCAUGGUUUAAAGUUUGACAUCACUUGGAACACUUUCUUUUGAACAUUAUUUUCAUGUGUGAUCCAUUUCCUCAAGCUCCCAAAUGCAUUUCUUUUGGUGCCAAUAAAAACGUGUGUGGUUGGAUUUUUUGAAAAAAAUGCACAAAACCAUAUGUAGGAAUAAAUUUUAAGAGCAAGGUUAUUUAAAAUGUUUUUUUUAAUAUUGCAUGUGAUUUGUACAGCAAAUGUACAGUACUUGUCUCUGGUCGUAUUAACAGAAUGUACUUUUUCAGAAAGCCAAGGGUGGAAGAUAGAUAGAUAAGCUGUUUUAGUUUUCUCAUCACUCUUUAUGACAUUCCAGGCUAUGAAGUUUAGCAGCCACUACAUUGGGCCCAUAGGGGUCUGUUUUAUCGUCAACAGUCUAUGCCCUCACAUUGUUCUGUAGACUGUCAUCCAAACCAAAAUACGUGUAAAUAUUAAUAAUUUAAAUAAAAUUUUCAAGGUC